GAAAAGAUUGGCGCACGACGCGAAUUGCUCCGAUUUUUUUGACGGGCGGAAUUAGUGCUAAUUUAUUAAUAGGUCUUUAAAAUUCUGUCUUUGAAACGAGGUGCUACCUCUCAUUUUUAGUUUUUAUUUAAAGUAGGAUUAAAAUCAGAAUGUCUUCAAUAGAUUUUCGCAAGGAUAUGUUACACCCGACAACGCUUGCUCCUCCGUCUCGCCAAAGAAGUGUCUACACCACAACCUAUCACAAUCAAAUUGAUGAUCUAUCAUACCAGAGGUACAGCGAGUGUCCAAAAUAUUACGAGCCUCUGCCUCCAGAGCAAUGGCCAACAAACUUGGUUACGAACUCGCCCUCUUCAGCUGCCGGAUUCAUGAGCAGUCCCAGUUCCGCCAGCUUGUGGCGUCAGCCGCGAUCAUCGAAGCCGAUGCUGUUGUCCUACUAUGAUGAAAUCCCGUACCUGGAUAAUUGGCGGGAUCGUGAUUUGGAGAGUUUUGAACCGGGCUCUGGGUCCGGGGUGGCGACAAAUUAUGGAACCAUGUCGUUACGACUUCAUAACCGAAUUCGCAUUGAUAUGACCAUCGAUAGAGCUGUCAGGGUCAUAAACUGUAAGAACAAUAUUGUCCUGGCAUUAAAUGGAGUUGGAUCAGCUGCGGCACUUCUCCAUCCCAACGGACGAGUAUAUCAGUACGGAAGUCGAGUUGAAAUAUUAGCUCAUGAUGCACGAGGCAACAACAAGUUGGCGAAAAUGUGGUACAAAGGCGUAUCUUUCACGUCCGAGCUAUGUUACGUGGUAUACCUGGUUGACACAGCGGGGACAAGAACAACGACUGACACGUUCAUGGAUUUGACGCAGGACUUCUCCCUUCCGGUAUUCUACUCGGAUUCCCGCUACGGGCCGGCAUUCAUCAACGAAGCCGUGGGUAUGCUCCAGGACGCGGACUACUGGGUCGCAGAAGACGGCACCGAGAACUGGAACAUCAACAACGUCCGCAUUUCGCAGACCCCAGACGGACUUGUAAGAAUCGCCCGGGAAAGCAGUAAGUUCCUCCUACGAACAUCGCCGACAAACGGAACUGCAACUUUAACGACUCCAUACUUGCACUGCACAGCCUCAAUGGGUCAGACGUCGCACUUGUUCGUCCGACGCGGCGAGCGACGCAUGCACUAUGACGGCAACAGCUUCAUCGUCCGCAACGCAGGCCAUGCUGCCGGUUUCGACGAGAAAGAUCAGCUUAAAGUCUACUAAGUCUUAAGUCUUAAGUCUUAAGUCUUAAGUCUUAAGUCUUAAGUCGAGCCAAACCGCCAACCGCAGGUCUUGCUCAUCUCGUUUCCCAAGUCACGCGAAGACUAUAAUAACCCCUGAUAUGAAUGAAUUAUUUCAAGAGGGCAAGAAGAAAACACUGAGAAGCUUAAAAAUGGGUCAGACGACUAGUCACAGAAUCACUAUUUGAUGGUUAAAGCUCACAGAUUAGUUAAAACCAAUGGGACCUGUUUAAACACCACGUUUCUGCGCCUAGUAUUGACGGAGAUAUCGCUUAUCGAAAAACAGUGCAUGACGUCAUCCUGUGGAAAAUCUUGAAAGUUGGCAACACUGCUUAUCCUCCGUUUAAAUGUAUGUAAAACAAUCGACUCUUGGUGAAGCAGCUUGCCUCACCAGAAAUCGAUAUUUUUAAUGGAUUUAAAUGGAGCAGAAACAGUGUUGCCAACUUUCGAAAUUGCCAUUGACGUUCUACUCCGUGUUUUUCGAUUAGAGAUAUCUCCUUUAAUAUUGCACGUAAAAACUCGGCGUUCGAAUAGAUCUUAUUAUAUUUAGUUAAUCUAUAAGUUUAAACCAUUUAAGCAUGGCUCUGUAAUUAGCGCAUGCAACGGACCCAUAGUCGGUUUUGAGGAUUGAUAUGCGUUAAGCUAAAAAAGAACUAAAAAGAUAAAUAUUGCCUCGGGUCCGAAACAAUUUUUUUUACUUAAUUUUAAAAGUUCCGAUAAAGUUUUACAUGAACACACAUAUUUUUGUUUGUUUUUGUUUUAAGUUUAAGUAUUACUUUAUCAAGCGAGUUUUUCCCUUGAUUCACUCAACGAGUUUUAAUUAUGAUAUAAAAAAUGGCACGUGAGUUCGAUGUAAAAUUAAUAUUUUAUCAUUAAAUAAAAGAAAAUGUCUUAGGAAGAUAGUUUCAAUCCCUAUCUUGCUUGAAUUGUUCUGUUUAUUACAUUUUAAAUCAUAUCAAUCCUUGAAACUCACUUUCUUACGCAAUGCUGAAGGUUUCCCAAGACUAAACGGUCAAUUGAUUGUGUUUGCAGAAUCUCAAAGCAUGCGACUAAGUAUGUAUAUGAAUCGUUUUUGGUGGGUUUAGUGUGUGUUGUUCAAAUUACUUUCUCCUAUGAAGUAAUUAACUUAUUGUAAAUACUAUAGAAUUACAGAUGAGUGAAUGAUGUAGAUUCAACCCACAUCAUCACGUCGAGUCAUAGCGUAUUCUUCACAAAUCGACCUCGAUUUUUUCUUUACUCUACUUUGCUUAAUGAAUAUUGUCGCAUGCGACUUUAGUAGUAGCAAGAAAAAAUAUAGUAUGGAUGCUCAUUCAAAUAUCACGCGCCUCGCUCAGAAAAAUGUCAAUCGAAAAUUUCAUUUUUCUUCCAUUAUAUGUUGUUUUGUUUUAAAUUGUCCUUCAAUUUUGUUAUGAUCUGAAAUAAACACCCAAUUAAUACAUCAAA